AUGCAGAGAGAAUCAGCCAUGGCCAACGAGAGACUACCCAAAAUGCCGUUUGGCGGGGCGACAGGGACGGACAAAGAGAACUUGGCCUGGUGGCACACAGCGCCCGAGACGUUCAACCACCCCUCAAAGCUUUGGACCGACUACUGGAUGCGCUACAACACCAUUACAAUCUCAGUCCAGAGCAGGGAAUCCUACCUCAUGGACGUCAUGGCCGCCGCCCGUGAAUGUGAGACGCGAGAUGAGCUGGAGAAGCUCCUUGAUGCAAAAUACGAGCAGCGGGUCGCCGAACUCGUGGACGCAAACUUUGCUAAGCUGUUCUACGAAGGCAUCCUCCCCGAUGCCCUGGCGCGCGGCCCGCCGCCGGCAAACCAGGUUGAAGUCUAUGAGGAGGAUGACGGCUUGCCUCCUCGCGCGCAGCGGACAGAAAUUUGGCCCCCAAUCGAUUGGGAGAAUGAUUAUAUGUAUCACCGGGAAAGAGGCCAUGAUUUCACCUACACGCGGAAUAUCCAUGAGGCGGAAGACGAGCAAGAUAUCCAGGCACCUGGGGGGCAGCCGUCCGCGGGGUCUUCUUUUGGCUAUUCAUUUCAAUCUCCAGAGAGCGUCGACUUGCGAGAAGAAAAGAAGGAAGAUGACCAUCAACAUGUGUCAAUUUGCGAAGGUGACAACCAGUCUACGACCAAAGAGCUCAAAACACCGCUUCGCAAAGCCUCUAAAUGUGCCACGCCGCCGCCACUGUCACCGAAAAGUCAAUAUUUGGAAAUUCCGUCCGUUUCAGCAACAUCUAUUUCUGAUCCUGACCCAUGCCAAGGGCCUGGAAUAGCUAAAGAUACCCACAUGAAACAGCAGACAGGAGCCUCGAGCCUGUCGUCUGCAAAAGGCCUAAAAGAUAGCUCCGACAAGAACACUCGGAAUGCCACGAUUCCCAUGCCGGAGGACAUAACCGCAUGUCAGGUUAGCCACGACAGAAUGGCCGCGCCUGACCCCAAAAGCCAAAAUUCACCCCCGCAAGGCCCGGUCUAUUCGGCAGUCCCAUCCAAGGAGCCAAAUGGAGGCGCAUCGGCUAGAAAUGUGGCGAGCAGGACCGAGGCCAUGGGUAACGACACCAAGGAUGACACUGAGAACGGCAGACGCAACGCAAACUAUUUAGACCCAAGCUCCGGCAGGAAGAGGGCUCGCUCAGAGUCUAGAGCAGACGAAGAAAUUGGAGAGGAGCUAAACGCAGACAUUCAUGUCCAAAAGCGGAGGCGCAGGUCAUCUUUCCGGGAGGUCAAAAACUCCUGUAAGAGGCCGCUGCUGCCUGAGAUUGAGGACCGUGACAAACGUUCCGCGCAGACGAACCAAGGCCGCACCGUCUGUUGGGAGUCGCUCAAAGACGCCGAGAUGCAGCAACCAAAAUCCCACAGCUGA